UAACACUGAUAUGAGCGAACGAUGAAAUGAGACGCACACAUAUAUGAGAAUCUCAGGUAUCCCGUAGUGACAGACCGAUCGUCGUUCUCUGAAACUACACUCCCUUUCACGGACAUCUCCGCAAGACUCCUGCCAUGAAGGCUAUCCUGGUGAUCGCUCUGAUCGUUUGCCUCGUUGCAGAAUCAUACGCGGCAAUUCCACUACGGCAAGCCUGCCUGCUUCCACCAGAGACUGGACUGUGUAAGGCUCGCAUCCCGAGGUACCACUACAGUCGGGCUGCUGGCACUUGCCAAGAGUUCAUAUACGGUGGUUGUGGUGGCAACGCAAACAACUUCAGGUCACUCAGGGAGUGUUUGGCUGCUUGCUCAGACUACACUCCCUUUCAAGGACAUCUCCGCAAGACUCCUGCCAUGAAGGCUAUCCUGGUGAUCGCUCUGAUCGUUUGCCUGGUAUCGGUUGCAGAAUCAUACGCGGCAAUUCUACAACGGCAAGCCUGCCUGCUUCCACCAGAACCUGGACGGUGUAUGGCUUACAUCCCAAGGUUCCACUACAGUCGGGCUGCUGGCACUUGCCGAGAGUUCAUAUACGGUGGUUGUGGUGGCAACAGAAACAACUUCAGGUCGUUCAACGAGUGUAUCGCUGCCUGUUCGAGCACCAGAGGUUGAAGCGACAAACCCUCGUUUGUCAACCGAAGUUGGCAGGAUUGCUGCUUUUUGAGACGCAAUAAACGAGUGACACCACAAUCCAUCCCCUUUAGGACAAUGUUGUAUGUAACUCAGUGUGCCGGUGCAUACAUUUUAGUGUACUGCUUCGGAUAUCAGUCGACAUGUGAAUAAAGUUUCCAUUGGAAUCUCA